GAAAUUGUUGAAUGGAUUUCACGAUUUUGAAAUAAAGACUUUUAUUUUGUUGUCGGAGCUCUCUUGUGGUGACGUCACAUGGAGUGCGACGCAGCAGUCGAUUGUUUGAGGUCUGUUUCUGGAGUCCUCAAACAUCACACAAUCUUCAGUGAAACCAUUCACACGCCAAUUCAUCUCUAAAUACUAGCCAAACAAGCAGGAAUCACAUCUGCUGUCACAACACAUUCUUCUACUCGACUAUUCUGACCUGCUGUUGUAAUGAUGGAGUGUGUUAUAGAGAAGAGUGAUGAAGAAUCAUACACAAUGAGAGCUGAAGAUACUGAGGAAAAGAGAGAUGUGAUUGGAGUGACAGAGGAAGGUCAAGAACACAGUGAGGACGAACACCAGUAUCAUAAUUUAAUAACUGGAGAAAAUUCAUUCAGCUCCUCACAAACUGAUGAGAAUUCCCCUCAAAAGAGAACCAAAGCCAAACAUUCUUUUGCAUGCCAUAUUUGUGGUAAGACGUAUUCAAGAAAAGGACAUCUUCAAGAUCAUAUAAUGACUCACACUGAACAAAAGCCUUUCUCAUGCCCUCGAUGUGGAAACAGAUUUAAACAUAAGAGAAGCGUUGCUGUUCAUAUGAAAAGUCACACUGGUGAUGAGCUUUACACCUGCCCUCAGUGUGAUAAGACUUUCACAGCCAAAAAAAAUCUAGAGAAUCACAUACGAGUUCACACGGGAGAGAAACCUUUCAAGUGUCCUCAGUGUGAUAAGAGUUUUACACAACAAGGACAUCUUAAAUAUCACAUACGGCUUCAUACAGGUGAGAAGCCUUACUUGUGUCAUCUGUGUGAUAAGAGUUUCACACAUAGACCGAGUCUCAAUCAUCAUCUGAUGAGACACUCGAAUGAAAGGCCGUUUAGCUGCGAUCAGUGCGAUCAAAAGUUUAUUACUGCAACACUGCUAAAGAGACACCAGAGGACUCAUACCCGUGUGAAAGGUGGCGUGUGCUCUGUGUGUGGAAAAGUCUAUCUGACAACCAGAUCCCUUCUGCAGCAUCAAAAGGCUCAUACUGGAGAAAAAAACUUUCAAGUGCUCUUAUUGUGGAAAGGGCUUUAAACAGACUGGCCACCUAAAACAACAUGAAGGGAUGCAUACCGGAGAGAAGCCGUACCAUUGCCAUGCAUGUAAGAAAAGUUUCAGACAAUCACACGGUUUAAAGAAUCAUUUAAAAGAGACCUGUCCUCACAAAGUGAGCAAGUUGCCUACCUCCAUACUACAUAGUGUGUUAUAAAUUAGUAUAGCUGAAUACUUAGUAUAUUUAAUAAGCAGUACUGGAGAAAUACCUAGGUGGUUUACUGCUUUUGUGUAUGCAUCAGACAAGACACUUUUCUAUCCCAUGAGGAUCUCAGUGAUAUAGGUACCAAGAAAUGUAUUACUUAUGGUUAAAUUGUACUUUGGUGGGUAUGAUGCAGAGAACUAAAAAUGAUUGAAGUUUUUAUUAAAAAGUAUUUAAAAAAUUGGUCACCUCAAACUGAAAAUUUAUUUUUAUUGCAGCGAUUCCCAUGUCUAGCACUGCACAUUUUGGAUGUCUUUUUUUCAGACACAAUUUAUUCAGGUCAGAAUCUUCAUGCUAUAGCACAUACUGAUAUUCUAGAGAUUUGUGUGCUUCUUAUUUUAUAGCAACAGUUUAGGAAGGACAAUUUUCUAUUCCAACACGACGAUGCCUCUGUGUAUGAGGCAAGGUCCUGAAAGACAUGAUUGAUUGAGUCAGUCUGGAAGAACUUGACUAGUCUGCAUAAAGCCAUGUCCUGAAUCCAGCUGAACACAUUUGUUGUGACUACAUGCAGACUUGGAGUCAAAAACUCAACACCAAUGACUUGUGCACAGGAGUACAGUUUUGAGACAGAAAAGUGCUUCUGAAACUGUUCACAAUGGUAUUUCUACAAACGGCAUUGGAAAGAAUUUUGCUUCCAUCUCAUUUGCAGCAGUUUUGUAAGCACCCUUUCUUCUGUUCCAAAAUGGCUGUACCCCUGUGAGCCAAAAACUCAUCACUCCACAUCAGUUACUUGUCGAAAGUCUGCAUUUAAAGUCACACCAAAUGUGUUCAGGUGGGUUCAGGACUUUGCUUUAUGCAACUGUUGCUAUAAAAUUAGAAACACAUAAUUCUCUAGAAUAUCAAUAUAUGCUAUAGCUAACAGAUUUGUAAUCAUGGAAAUAAUGUAGUCUAACCUGUACAUUAGAAGGAAGCAUCCCAAAACUUUUGUCCAUAUAGUGUUUAUGUGCGGUUAGCAAUGUGUGUGCAGGGUUUCUGUAUGUAUAGUUACUGAAUUAAAGAAUGAACUUAAAUAAGGUGUCUGCUCAUUAAAAAAGUGAAACAAAACAUUUUUACAUUUACUGAUAAACAUUUGCAUAAACUGGUAAA